AUGCGCUGUGGCGUGCGCACGCAUCAUGUACGUUACACUUGUGGUCCUCACGACAGCCACACUUGUGGUCCACGCAACAGCCACACUUAUGGUCCACACGACAGCCACACUUGUGGUCCACACAGCAGCCACACUUGUGGUCCACACAACAGCCACACUUAUGGUCCACACGACAGCCACACUUGUGGUCCACACGACAGCCACACUUGUGGUUUACAUGACAGCCACACUUGUGGUUCACAUGACAGCCACACUUGUAGUCCACACGACAGCCACACUUAUGGUCCACACGACAGCCACACUUGUGGUCCACACGACGGCCACACUUGUGGUCCACACGACAGCCACACUUGUGGUCCACACGACGGCCACACUUGUGGUCCACACGACAGCCACAUUACCGCCACAAUUUUCACCCAGUAG